AUGAUCGGGACCACUCGACGCUGCAAGUCGCGACGGUCCCAUCUCAUCCGCUAUCUCCAGCACCGAGCUUUAGAGAUGCGUGUCGAAGCUCUGGCUGCUUUCAAAGGUUGCUGCGAAGCUGUCUCUCCAUAUUUAUGCGCGUUACGUUUGACAUCCGAAAAUCUUACCGUACUCUCAUCAACGGGGAAUGUAACCAUCAAUAUAUCGAGUGGUACUCGUUUUAUAAUUACCGCAUUCGGGAAAGCGUCGAUAGCAAUGGCUAAGGCGGCAGAGGAACAGCUUGGAACACGUCUACAUGAAGGAGUGGUAAUUGCGCCGAACGUGGGAAAAAUCAGUAAUCCACACCUUCGAUCUCAUGUGUUCUAUGGAGCUCAACACAACCUACCGGAUGCGGAUUCUGUGACGGCUACACAUACGGCAUUGGAUUGUAUUCAGAAGAAUGACUCAACAGAUUCUGUAUUUCUUUUCCUCGUCUCAGGUGGUGGCUCAGCACUGUUUUGCUCACCUGAUGGCGUAACACUUGAGGAGAAGUUGAGCACAAUUCGUACGCUCACCGCAAACGGUGCGGAUAUCCGAGUACUUAACGCAUUCCGUCAGAAAUUAUCCACUGUGAAAGGUGGUAAAACGCUGAACUAUGUGAAAAAAGGACAAGUCGUCACUUUGCUCAUCUCAGACUUGAUCGAUAAUCUCAUACAGUUUAUCGCAAGUGGGCCAACGGUUCUACAAACGAAAUCCAUGAUUGAAAUGUCGAAUACAUUGACAUCAUUACCAAAAUGGAAAUCCUUACUACCUGCAGAAAUUCUGAGCAAGCUGAAGGAUUCACCUCCACAAUCCACUGUACAACCUCACAAUAUCAUUGUAGCGUGUAUAUCUAACGCUCUGGCGGAGUUGAAAAGAUUUUUCAUUCUACACGGUUACGAUGCUCAAAUCAUAACAUCGACUCUCGAAGGAAAUGCAGCUCAAAGAGGAAAAGAUUUUGCUGAACUAAUCAUGUCGACUAAGGAGGAUUUUCCGGAAAAAUUGAAGAAAUUCGGUGGGAAAUUGACCGCUGCUCCUACCACAAACAGGAUCGCUUUCCUGUUCGGCGGUGAGACAACGGUGGUGCUGCGUGGCGACGGAAAAGGAGGUCGAUGUCAGGAAAUGGUUCUAUCUUGCUUGAUGGCUCUCGCUUCUUCCGGCAAAACAAUGCCGAAGUUCUUAUUUCUGGCUGCUGGAACUGAUGGGAUUGACGGUCCGACGGAUGCUGCUGGUGCGUACAUUACUAACGCGGAUGUUGACAAGAAAAUCGUGGGAAAAGGCUUAAAAUACCUGGAAAUCUCAAAUUCUUACGAGUUUUGGUCAACUUACAACAAUGGUAAGAAUCACUUCAAACCUGGCCCAACUGGUACUAAUGUGAUGGAUAUACAAAUUGUUCUACUGGACUUUGAUCAAUAA